GCUUCUCGGAGUGCCAGAAAUCUGUUCGCGGCAUCUGCCCCACCGAAUGUCAGUGCAAGGUCGUUCCGAGCAUGUGCGAUAUAUGGAUGCAGUUUCAACGUUCACGCGGAAAACUACCAUGCUGCACUCAGCCCUCAGUGAUGCCCUGCAAGCAUAAUCGGUUUGGAAGCAUAUAACAGAAACUGGCAUUUGUUUUCAGGGCAUCAUUACAAAAUUUCGAAAAAAAGAAAACAACAAAAAUGUACAUUUUAGAAAUUUCGGCCCAAUAACUUUCGUCCAAAUUAUCUGGGGAAGGAAAGAUAUGCAACAGAAAAGCAAUGGCUGCACUACAGCGAUGUCUGCCCAGUCCACGUUUGUUUAACUUCUGCCGUUACAUCAGUUGCAUUUCACGCUUUCCCGAUGUACCCUGUAUGCCAAAAAAUCCGUUCUGCCACCACGUCGAGGACUCGUGCGAAAUGGCGCGAAGUGUCCUGAUGCGUGAAGUACCCGAUAACAGAUACCUCAGUGAAAUGCAACAGCUGGAGAAGAAGUGUUGUGUGGCGCGAGUAUUUCAGGCUAAUCCCUGCUACUGCAAGCCACACAAAAGGAAGAAGCGCAAAAAACCAUACGUCCCGUUUAGGUCUAUGUGGGAGCCACCGUGUCGCCCAAACACGCAACCCCACUGCCCAGAAUUAUUGCCCCGCUUCGACGACUUAUAUUAUAAGACAUCGGACAAAUGCAGGAGUUUUCAACGCACUUGGAAUGAGUGUCCAGCGGUCCAUACAAGACUGCGCAAGGUUUGCUGCCUAGACGCUAUUAGGCCGCCCGAGGUGAUCUACCGCUGGGAAAGCGGCUGCCCAAGCACAGCUUGUGAACAGGAUAAGGAGCGCCUGAAGCACAUCUGCAACUGGCAACGCAAGGAUAGCGUCUGUCAACGCAUCCUAGCACGAUGCUGCGACCUAGGCCGCUGUCCACCAUCCUGCAAACCUAAACGGAGAAUCACGCAAUGCUCGAAGCUAAAAGCUCCAUUUCCAGCUUACUCAGAGACGAACAAAAGAUGGCAGAGACCGUUGCAAGACAAAGAGUGCACAUGUCAUCGUUAUCGGUUUCAGUGCGAAGUGUUCAGAGAACAACAUCGGCAAGCAAUACGAGGUAUAUAGCAUGUCUAGGGAUCGUGUGUCCAAAUUUGUUAGCUGCGGCAGCGGUCUAGAACUCGCAACGUUUGAGGGCUGCACGACCCAGAAACCAGACGUUGUUAGCCCUAAAUCGCAUUCGUUGCCAAACUUUCAAAUAAAUUGUGGAUAGCAAACAAAUAAAUCUAAUCAUUUAUAAUACUAUACUACAUACUA